GCGGGCGGGCGCGCGGACCCCGCGGCUAUGAAGUGGCCCCCGGGGGCCCGGAGCCCAAGAGCACCCGGGGAGGGAGGCGCGCGCGGCCCAGGACUGCAGCCUGGGGGCGCCGGGGCCGGGGCGUAGGGGCCGCCGCCCGCGAUGGACCGCGCCUGGGACUAUCCGGACUCGUUGCCGCAGGUGUCCACCUCCCAGGGUUCCUGACCCCGCCCCGGACAGCCACCCCUUCUCAGACUCCAUUCGGGCCGGACUCUCCAAACCUGCUUCCGCAAUGGGUAAUGAGGAGCCGUGGGCGCAGCCAGCCUUGGAGAUGCCGAAGAGACGGGACAUCCUUGCGAUCGUCCUCAUCGUGCUGCCCUGGACGCUGCUCAUCACCGUGUGGCACCAGAGCACCCUCGCACCCCUGCUCGCUGUGCACAAGGAUGAAGGCAGUGACCCCAGGCGCGAGGCACCGCUGGGCGCCGACCCCAGGGAGUAUUGCAUGUCUGACCGCGACAUCGUGGAGGUGGUGCGCACCGAGUACGUCUACACGCGGCCCCCGCCAUGGUCGGACACUCUGCCCACCAUCCACGUGGUGACGCCCACCUACAGCCGCCCGGUGCAGAAGGCCGAGCUGACGCGCAUGGCCAACACGCUGCUGCACGUGCCCAACCUGCACUGGCUGGUAGUGGAGGACGCGCCGCGCCGCACGCCGCUGACCGCGCGCCUGCUGCGCGACACCGGCCUCAACUACACGCACCUGCACGUGGAGACGCCCCGCAACUACAAGCUGCGCGGCGACGCCCGCGACCCGCGCAUCCCGCGGGGCACCAUGCAGCGCAACCUGGCCCUGCGCUGGCUGCGCGAGACCUUCCCGCGCAACUCCAGCCAGCCCGGCGUGGUGUACUUCGCCGACGACGACAACACCUACAGUCUGGAGCUCUUCGAGGAGAUGCGCAGCACCAGAAGGGUGUCCGUGUGGCCUGUGGCCUUUGUCGGUGGCCUGCGGUACGAGGCCCCACGGGUGAAUGCGGCAGGGAAGGUGGUCGGCUGGAAGACAGUGUUCGACCCCCACCGACCAUUUGCAAUAGACAUGGCUGGAUUCGCGGUCAACCUGCGGCUCAUCCUACAGCGAAGCCAGGCCUACUUCAAGCUGCGGGGCGUGAAGGGAGGCUACCAGGAAAGCAGCCUCCUUCGAGAACUUGUCACCCUCAAUGACCUGGAGCCCAAGGCAGCCAACUGCACCAAGAUCUUGGUGUGGCACACACGGACGGAGAAGCCGGUGCUGGUGAACGAGGGGAAGAAGGGCUUCACUGACCCCUCGGUGGAGAUCUGAGCCUCGGGAUGCAGGAGCCUCCUCCUCUGACCCUGUUCUCGGCCUUCCAUCCUCUCCCCACGGCGAUGGUCCCUCCAAGGCAGACACUAAGGAAUCACCAUCACCCUCCUUUCUAUUCUGGGGGCUUGCGAGAGAGCCCAGCCUGUUGCCAGGACAAAGGACAGAGAAUUUAAGCACAGAAAUCCCAGACCUGUUCUCUCCAUCCAGCAUGACCAGGGCCCGAGAGACCUGAGGGCUGGCAGGGGUGCAGCUGCCAGCAAAGCCGUGCCCCAGCGCACCUCCCCAGAAACUCCCUGCACCGAGAGGGCUGCACGAGCAGUCGCUGCGCCACCCAUGCCUGCCUGGAGUGACGUGGGGCUGGGAGGGGGGCGAGAAGACCCCGCAGUCAAGUGGAGCGUGGCCCUCCCCAGCUCUCUGCUCCCGGGGCCAGCUUGACCACACAGAACACCCAGCCAGGCAAUUCUGAAGACCAGAGAGAAGCCCCCGGGCAUCACGAAUGCCCCACUCCCCUCCUCAGCACCUGCUCUUCCCAAGAGCUGCUCCCAGAUCAGACAUACCUCUCUGGCUCUCCUCUGGUUCAUGUUUACAGAGCAUAAGGCUGUCUUUGAUCCCAGCAGGCACCCAGCCCUGCAUGGGGGGGCCUGGGCCUGCCAACAGGCUUCCCCUAUACCUCAGGCUGUGGCGGGAGCGGAGUCCCUUCCUCUGGCCCCACUUCCCUCACGCCUUCUCCUCCAGCACUGGCAAGGAGGCGGGCCCUAGAGCCAGCACAGGUCGCUGCCUGACCUGGACUAAGAACCAUGUGACCCCACUGUCCACACACUGCCUCCUCACCGC